ACUGCCGGUGCAUGCCUGGGGAGGGGAGAAACAUCCCGAGCCAGCUGCGUAAAUGAGUAUGGAAGAUUAUGAUUUCCUGUUUAAGAUUGUUUUAAUUGGCAAUGCCGGUGUGGGGAAGACGUGCCUAGUUCGACGGUUCACUCAGGGUCUUUUCCCCCCAGGUCAAGGAGCCACAAUUGGAGUUGAUUUUAUGAUUAAGACAGUGGAGAUUAAUGGUGAGAAAGUAAAGCUUCAGAUCUGGGACACCGCCGGUCAAGAGCGAUUUCGAUCGAUUACCCAGAGUUAUUACCGCAGUGCCAAUGCCCUGAUCCUCACCUAUGAUAUAACCUGUGAGGAAUCCUUUCGUUGCCUUCCUGAGUGGCUGCGGGAGAUAGAACAGUAUGCCAGCAACAAGGUCAUCACUGUGCUAGUGGGCAACAAGAUUGAUCUGGCGGAAAGGAGAGAGGUCUCCCAGCAGCGAGCAGAAGAGUUCUCAGAAGCUCAGGACAUGUACUACUUGGAGACCUCAGCCAAGGAAUCUGACAAUGUGGAGAGACUCUUCCUUGACUUGGCAUGUCGCCUCAUCAGUGAAGCCCGGCAGAACACUCUGGUGAACAACGUUUCCUCACCCUCACCCGGAGAAGGGAAAAGCAUCAGCUAUUUGACUUGUUGUAACUUCAACUAGGGACAGGCAAGAAGAAGGAGAAGGGAAUAAGAGAUUCCCUGCUGCACCCCAACUUGCUGGAAACACCAGUGAUGACCCAGUGGCUUCUGCUCUCAGACCUCCUGGCUCCUGUAUGCUUACAAAGCAUGGAAGGCCCAUGGGCUUGUCCACAGGCCAGCAUUAGCAGAACAAAUGCCGGUUUCAUCCUUUUGCAGUCUGGAGUUGGCGCCAAGAGGACGCUGCACUCGGCACUCUGUGACCUGCAGAGCAUGUUGCUUUUGUUUUUUCAAGACAGCUAAUAAAGGCACACCCCUUGAAAGUCUGGGGGAACUGUACCGUAGGGAUCCCGCCUCACGCUGGUGCAGGGGGACAGGG